GCUGUCUCCGGAGAAGAUGGCAGCGGAGGAGGCUGCGGAGGCCUCGCUGGCGCGGCUGUCCCCAGAGCGGAGGCAGCCGGGGCGGGAGGAGGACGACGACGAUGAGGAGAACCCCGAAGGCGGCGGCGAGACCGCAGCGCUCAAUGGCGUGGUUGUCUCUGGAAAAGUGAAGAGCAACAACCUGGAUGUGAAAGUUACUGAGUCAGAAUUGGAAACUGAAGAAAAAGGAACGGAGGAAGAAUCCACAAGGGAAUCCGAUAGCAACAUUUUGGAUGUAUCAUCUGAUUAUCCAAGAGAGAAACAUAUUUCAAUUCAAAGACAUCUUGCUGAUCUAGAGAAACUAGCUGACCUGAAAGAAGGUGAGUUUACCAUGGCAGUAUCCCAGAACACAGAUCUUCAUGUUACAGAUGAAAAGAAGCCUUGUCCAUUGUGUCCUGAGGAGAAAUUCAAAGCUUGCUAUAGUCAUAAACUCCAUCGUCACCUUCAGAAUUUGCACUGGAAAGUUUCUGUUGAAUUUGAAGGGUACAGAAUGUGCAUCUGUCACUUACCUUGUCGUCCAGUAAAACCAAACCUCGUUGGAGACCAGACAUUUUCAAAGAUGGGGGCCCAUUACCAUUGUAUCAUCUGUUCAGCAACUAUCACACGAAGAACUGACAUGAUAGGUCAUAUUAAUCGUCAUGUGAAUAAAGGAGAAACUGAAUCAAGGUUUAUUACAGUUCCUGCUCCCAAGUCUUCUCAUGAAGUGCUGAAAGAGUCGGCCACAGAUGUGCAGGUUCUUCCCAACUACUCCACACCUCAGAAAACAGAUUCCUAUUUUAAUCCUAAAAUGAAACUCAACAGGCAAUUGAUAUUCUGCGCACUCGCCGUUCUAGCUGAGGAACGUAAACCGAUAGAAUGUUUGGAUGCUUUUGGUGCCACCGGUAUAAUGGGAUUACAAUGGGCAAAGCAUCUCAGAAGCUCUGUGAAAGUUACAAUUAAUGAUUGUAAUGAAAAUUCUGUGACAAUGAUUCAGGAAAACUGCCUUUUAAACAAAAUGAAGGUGAAACUGAACACUAAGGAAGACGACAAUGAUGAAGCUAUGGGAGAUGGAGAAGAAAAUACUGACACCAUUGAGGUGACAAAAAUGGAUGCCAAUGUUAUAAUGCAUUUGAGAUCAUUUGAUUUUAUCCAUUUGGACCCCUUCGGAACUUCUGUCAAUUAUCUGGAUUCUGCCUUUAGAAAUGUGAGAAAUCUUGGAAUUGUGUCAUUGACGUCUACAGACAUCAGUUCUCUGUAUGCAAAGGCUCAACACGUUGCCCUGCGUCAUUAUGGAUGUAAUAUUGUCAGAACAGAGUACUACAAGGAACUGGCAGCCAGAAUAGUAAUUGCUGCUGUGACAAGAGCUGCCGCUCGCUGUAACAAAGGCAUUGAAGUUUUACUCGCAGUAGCUCUAGAACAUUUUGUUCUAGUAGUGGUCAGAGUUUUAAGGGGACCGUCCCCUGCCGAUGAUUCAGCAAAGAAAAUAAGAUACCUCAUCCAUUGCCAGUGGUGCGAAGAGAGAAUUUUUCAGAAAGAGGGUAAUAUGGUAGAAGAAAACCCUUAUCAGCAGCUGCCUUGUGAUUGUCACGGCAGUAUGCCCGGGAAGACGGCAGUAGUUCUUGGUCCUCUCUGGUCAGGAGCCCUCUUUAACACUGGAUUCCUCAGAAGGAUGCUGUUCGAGGCUGUCCAGUAUGGUUUGGAUGAAGCUCAGCCACUUUUGAAGACGUUAGUUUGUGAAGCAGACUGCACAACUUUAAAACACUUUUCUACCCAUAGUCCUUACGAUGAGAACAAACAAGAAGAGUGUGGCGUAUAUAUUAAAACACCAAAUACUUCUGCAGAAUCCUACUUGGUACAUGGAAAAAGAAAAAGUGAAGAAGUGAUUCGAAAUGCAGCCAAGCGACAAAAAUCUGAGAGCAGUGCUGAGCACCCUGCAUUUUACUACAAUAUCCACAGACACAGUAUUAAAGGAAUGAACAUGCCAAAGUUAAAUAAGUUCUUAAACUAUCUCUCUGAAGCUGGAUACAGAGUAAGUAGAACCCACUUUGAUCCUAUGGGAGUUCGCACGAAUGCGCCCUUGGCGCAAUUUAAGACUAUUCUGAUGAAGUACAGCACUCCCACGUGCGGGGGGCAGGCAGAAGGCCCUGUCCAUCUAGCUGAAGAUGUCCAGGCAGGAGAACAGGUUCAAGUUGCUGCAGAUGGCAAGGCAGAAGCUGCCGAGUUUCCGGAAGAUGAUAAAUCUGGAGUCGCUGCCGCCGUGUUCCCAAAAGACUACCCUACUCACUGUGCAGCUGAUUAACGCGAACCAUUUUGUUCAUAGAGCGUGAUGCUACAGACUUGCAAGCACACCCUGUUCAAGUAAGCCAGUACUUCUUACCAAACUGGAUUUUGAAAACUUGAGUUGCCUGCUAUUUUAAUUUGAGAAGACGUUUUAGAAUUACGUAGCAGAACUUACCCCUGAUCGCAGCGCGUGUGGUCAAGGUACUGUUACUGGGAGAAGGUCUGGGAGACAGUUACUUGCUUUUACGCUCACAUCCACUUUCACACUGAGGCACUGUGGCUGCUCCUGAGUCUUUGUUAAAGCCUUAUUGCUAGCACAGAAUCCAGAAGGGUGGAUGGGGCCAAAAGUCUUAAGCAUUUCUGAACAUGAGGUUAACAUGAAUCGGAAUAUUCCUAAAAUAAAUCAUUCCUAAAACCUGACUGGUUACAAUUCAGAGGGAGGUCACGUUAAGCUGAUAAAAUAUCACGGGAUAAAAUGGGAUCUGAGUUUAAGCAAGCCAGAAAGUCCCGACUCGGUGCACUUCUGACUCCAGGCUGCACACGUAAUUGGGCAUUCCAUUCUGGUUUCAUAGUUCUGCCUACAAGCAAGGACCUAACGCAAGUGAGAACGGAAAGGAACGGUUCCAAGACUGUUACUGAAACUUCAGUUUAUAACCAAACCUUAGUGAGUUGUGUCAGUCACCCUAGGUAGGUGUGUGUGUUCAGAGAUUACGUUUGCUUGUGUACUGCAAAAAGGUACAGUGACAAGGCACCACAAGUUGAAGUUCUAGGUGAAGUUUUGCUAUGAAUGUGUCAAUAAUACAAUCUUAGCUGUUAAAAAGAUCUCUUCUGUGAACGAGCAAAGAUGCUGUGUGUUGGUAGUUGGUUCUGGUUUCCUUAAAUAUAUGGCAGCACUCCAGCCAAAUAAG